AUGCAGCACCUGCAGCGUGUACUGCAGGAUCCGGCGGCUGCGGCGGCCGCUGCCCACCAUCUGCAGAUGCACCAUGCGGCCCAGACGAUGACCAUUAAUCGGAAGCUGCACGGAGCGGCCGGUGCCCACACGCAUCCGCACCCCGCAUCCGCUGCUGCCCAGAUGCAGCAGCAGCAGCAGCAGCAGUCCGUCGUACCGUCACCGGUGUACGGCGAUGACAAUCCGCCACCGUUGCCCCCGUUACGCAACCCGCAGAAGGCGCUACCCGUCGUAACUACGGUCGCUGCCAGUGAGACGGAUACGGCAUCCGAUCGACCGAACUACAUCUACUCCACCGCCAAGUACCAAGGCCAAGGUGGUAAGGGUAGCGGCGGCUCGGUGUCGGCUCAUCACACACAGCAGCCGCCCCAGCCCAAGCAACCGCUGGCUGGCGCUGGUGCAUCGGCAGCGGCCUCCAAAAACCCCAACACGACCACGUUCUGCUCGACGCCGGCCUCCAACAGCAAGCCGCUGCCCUCGAUCAUCAACUGCCCACUGCCGGACAUCCCGAAGGCGCCAACCGCCACCGCCAAGGACGACAUCUACGUCGCGCUGAACGGCAGCUCCAAGGGCACGUACGGUACGACGACGGUCACGGGGAUGGAGGAAACGGUGGCAGCCACCGGUCAGCUGUUGCCACCACCACCGCCUCCACCACUGCCUGCAGUGACGGGAUCCGGCACGGGCUCGGGCACAGGCAUCGGUGGUACGGCUACCAGCUCCAGCUCGGGCGGCUCGUCCGGUUCGUCCGGUUACGGAACGCAGCAACACACGCUCCAGGAGCAACACGGCGAGACGGAUGAGGAAGCGUCACUGGCGGCGGCCCGGUUACCACCGCCACCGACCACCGAGGAGCUGCAGCAGAAUGGUUGCGCGGUGACGGCAAGCGACCACAGUGACAAGCAACCAGCAACCGAGCACGACGACAACAACUUCUACGCCGUCACCGAGCUGUAG